AUGGGAAACUCGUACGCUGGACAGCUGAAGACGACGAGGUUCGAGGAGGUCCUGCACAGCUCCAUCGAGGCCUCCCUGCGCUCCAACAGCCUGGUGCCCCGGCCCGUGUUCUCCCAGCUGUACCUGGAAGCUGAGCAGCAGCUCUCGGCGCUGGAAGGUGGUAGCCGAGUGGACAAUGAGGAAGAAGAAGAAGAGGGGGAAGGGGGGCUGGAGCCGACCUGUCCCCCAAACCCCUACCAGAUGCACCCCCCGCCUGAAGGGUGCUGCACCACGGACGGGUUCUGCCAGGCGGGGAAGGACCUGCGACUCGUCUCCAUCUCCAACGAGCCCGUUGACGUCCCUGCGGGCUUCCUCCUCGUGGGGGCCAAGUCCCCCAGCCUGCCGGACCACCUCCUGGUGUGCGCUGUUGACAAAAGGUUCUUGCCGGAUGAUAACGGUCACAACGCCCUGCUUGGCUUCUCUGGGAAUUGUGUCGGCUGUGGAAAGAAAGGCUUCUGUUACUUCACGGAAUUCUCCAAUCACAUAAAUCUUAAGUUGACCACUCAGCCCAAGAAACAGAAACACCUGAAGUAUUACCUGGUGCGCAAUGCCCAAGGGGCUCUGACCAAAGGCCCUCUCAUUUGCUGGAGAGGCUCAGAGUUCAGAGGCCGGCCGACCACCGCCGGCCCUUGCUCCAGUUCCCUCUUCCCGCCGCUGGACAGCUCUGGGCCCCUGGCUGCCUUCUCCAGCGAGCCCACGCCCGGGACCAACGCCAGCAUUCCUCCGGGGGCCCCGCCGGCAGGACCAGCCUCUGAUCACCCCUCACUGACCGCAGCGACGAGCCCAGCUGUUUUCAACGGCCAAGACUCUCCGAAGCACCAGCAGCUGGUGAAGAGCAAGCUGUCGGCCGUGCCACGGCCCUCGGCGCUAGGUAUCUUCUCAAACUCCGGGCCCCCCAAAAAGCGCCACAAAGGGUGGUCUCCAGAGUCUCCCUCGGCUGCAGACGGUGGCUACCCCCAGGGUGGUGGGAACAGAGCUAAGUAUGAGAGCGCGGGCAUGUCCUGCGUGCCCCAGGUUGGCUUGGUGGGACCAGCUUCCGUCACCUUUCCCGUGGUGGCCUCCGGAGAGCCAGUGUCUGUCCCCGACAACUUGCUGAAGAUAUGCAAGGCCAAGCCGGUGAUAUUUAAAGGCCACGGGAACUUCCCUUACCUGUGCGGCAACCUGAGCGACGUGGUGGUGAGCCCGCUGCUGUACGCGUGCUACCAGAACUCCCAGUCCAUCUCCAGAGCCUACGAGCAGUACGGAGCCUCCGCCAUACAGCCCAUCUCGGAGGAGAUGCAGCUGCUGCUCACCGUCUACUACCUGGUCCAGCUGGCGGCGGACCAGGUGCCCCUGAUGGAGGACCUGGAGCAGAUCUUCCUGCGCUCCUGGCGCGAGUCGCACCUGACGGAGAUCCGGCAGUACCAGCAGGCGCCGCCGCAGCCCUUCCCGCCCGCGCCCAGCGCCGUGGCACCCGUCACCUCGGCGCAGCUGCCCUGGCUGGCCGGCCUGGCCGCCAGCUCCUGCAACGACAGCGUGCACAUCAUCGAGUGCACCUACUCGCUGGCCGAGGGCCUCUCCGAGAUGUUCCGGCUGCUCAUCGAGGGCAAGCUGGCCAAGACCAACUACGUGGUGAUCAUCUGCGCCUGCCGGAACGCGGCCAUCGACUCCUGCAUCGCCGUCACCGGGAAAUACCAAGCCCGGAUCCUCUCUGAGAGCCUGCUCACCCCGGCGGAGUACCAGAAGGAAGUCAGCUACGAGCUGGUGACGGGGAAGGUGGACUCCCUGGGGGCCUUCUUUAGCACCCUCUGUCCAGAGGGCGACAUUGACAUUUUGCUGGACAAAUUUCAUCAGGAAAACCAAGGCCAUAUUUCCUCCUCGCUCACUGCCUCUGUCACCAAGUCAGCGUCCCUGGAUGUCGGCGGGGCCCCGGCGUGCACGAGUUACAGUCUGGAGCCCCCCCACAUCCGGCCCUUCCAGCUGGCCGUGGCUCAGAAACUCCUCUCCCACGUGUGCUCCAUUGCCGACUCCAGCACCCAGAGUCUGGACUUAGGGUCCUUCGAGAAGGUGGACUUUCUGAUUUGUAUUCCCCCCUCGGAAGUGACCUACCAGCAGACCCUGUUCCACGUCUGGCACUCAGGGGUUUUACUGGAGCUUGGCUUGGACAAGGAGCACAUGACCAAGCAGAGGGUGGAACAGUAUGUUCUGAAGCUGGAUGCCGAGGCACAGACAAAAUUUAAGUCCUUUCUGCAAAACUCCUUUCAGAAUCCGCACACGCUCUUCGUCCUCAUCCACGACCAUGCCCACUGGGACCUUGUGAGUAGCGCUGUUCAUAAUCUCUACUCCCAAAGCGACCCGUCCGUGGGACUGGUGGACAGACUGCUCAACUGCAGGGAGGUGAAGGAGGCCCCCAACAUCGUGACCCUGCACGUGACCUCCUUCCCGUAUGCGCUGCAGACGCAGCACACUCUGGUCAGCCCGUACAACGAGAUCCACUGGCCCGCCUCCUACAGCAACGGAGCGGACUUAUAUCCUGAGAACAAGAAGUACUUCGGGCUGUCGGAGUUCAUCGAGUCGACCCUCUCAGGGCACAGUCUCCCCUUGCUCAGAUACGACAGCUCCUUCGAGGCCAUGGUCACUGCGCUGGGGAAAAGGUUCCCCCGGCUGCACAGCGCGGUCAUCAGGACCUUCGUCCUGGUGCAGCACUAUGCCGCGGCCAUGAUGGCCGUGAGCGGCCUCUCGCAGAUGAAGAACUACACGUCGGUGGAGACGCUGGAGAUCACCCAGAACCUCAUCAACGCGCCCAGGCAGUGCCCCUGCGGCCACGGGCUCAUGGUCCUGCUGCGGGUGCCCUGCUCGCCGCUGGCGGCCGUGGCCUACGAGCGCCUGGCCCACGUGCGCGCGCGGCUGGCUCUGGACCAGCACUUCGAGAUCAUCCUGGGCAACCCCAGCUCGGGCAUCACCGUCGGGAAGCACUUCGUGAAGCAGCUCAAGAUGUGGCAGAAAAUUGAGGACGCAGAAUGGAGACCUCAGACUUACUUGGAGUUGGAGGGCCUGCCUUGCAUCCUAAUCUUCAGUGGGAUGGACCCGCAUGGGGAAUCCUUACCAAGGUCUCUGAGGUACUGUGACCUGCGUCUCAUAAACUCCUCCUGCUUGGUGAGGACGGCACUGGAACAGGAGCUGGGCCUGGCUGCCUACUUCGUGAGCAACGAGGGGCCCCUGGAGAAGGGGCCCCGGAACGAGGGCUUGGAGAGCGACGCAGAGAAGCCGAGCAGCACUGACAACGAGGAUGAGGAGCUGGUGACGGAAGGCUCCACCUCAGAGAAGAGGAGCCCCGUGAAGAGAGAAAGGUCCCGCUCCCAUGAUUCUGCGUCCUCGUGUCGCUCCUCGAAGGCAUCCAGCUCGGCGCUCUGUGGCGAGACCUCGGCUCAGCCUGGGGGGCCCUUGCCGGGGGAGCAGACCAGAUCCCCACAGCCCUGCGGCCCUGUAGAGGAGGGCAGAGGCCCUGGUGACAAACAGAGGCUCCGAGCCGGUCAGGGGCCACCAGCAGCCACCAGCAGGCACAGCCCUGGGCUGGCCCCCCAGCCUGACUCCAGCCUGAGGACCAGCCAGAGGAGCGUCCAGGUGUCGGCCACCUCCUCAUCCCAGCUCUCCUCGUCGGGCUCGUCUUCCUCGCCCAUGGUGCCGGCUGCUGGCACCCUCGUCCUGCAGGCCACCCAGUGCUCCAUGACCAAGGCCUGCCAGCAGCCGCCUGUCGUCUUCCUGCCCAAGCUGGUGUACGACAUGGUCACGUCCACUGACAGCAGUGGCCUGCCCAAGGCCGCCUCCCUGCUGCCCUCCCACUCGGUCAUGUGGGCCAGCUCCUUUCGGCCCCUGCUCAGCAAGACGAUGACGUCCACGGAGCAGUCCCUGUACUACCGGCAGUGGACAGUGCCCCGGCCCAGCCACAUGGACUACGGCAACCGUGCCGAGGGCCGCGUGGACGGCUUCCACCCUCGCCGGCUGCUGCUCAGCGGGCCCCCACAGAUCGGGAAGACGGGCGCCUACCUGCAGUUCCUCAGCAUCUUGUCCAGGAUGCUCAUCCGGCUGACGGAGGUGGAUGUUUACGACGAAGAGGAGAUCAACAUCAACCUCAGAGAAGAAUCCGACUGGCACUACCUCCAGCUCAGCGACCCCUGGCCGGACCUGGAGCUCUUCAAGAAGUUGCCUUUUGACUACAUUAUUCACGACCCGAAGUAUGAAGACGCCAGCCUGGUUUGUUCACACCACCAGAGCAUAAAGAGAGAAGGCAGAGAGCCGUCCAGAAAGCCAGAUGACCUGUACGUGCGGCGCCACACGGCGCGGAUGCGGCUGUCCAAGUACGCGGCGUACAACACGUACCACCACUGUGAGCACUGCCACCAGUACAUGGGCUUCCACCCCCGCUACCAGCUCUAUGAGUCCACCCUGCACGCCUUUGCCUUCUCUUACUCCAUGCUAGGAGAGGAAGUCCAGCUGCACUUCAUCAUCCCCAAGUCCAAGGAGCACCACUUUGUCUUCAGCCAACCCGGAGGCCAGCUGGAGAGCAUGCGGCUGCCCCUCGUCACGGACAAGAGCCAGGAAUAUAUAAAAAGUCCGACGUUCACCCCGACAACUGGCCGGCACGAACACGGGCUCUUUAACCUGUACCACGCCAUGGAUGGAGCCAGCCAUCUGCAUGUGUUGGUGGUCAAGGAGUACGAGAUGCCGAUCUAUAAGAAGUACUGGCCCAACCACAUCAUGCUGGUUCUCCCCAGCACCUUCAACAGCGCCGGAGUUGGUGCCGCCCACUUCCUGAUCAAGGAGCUGUCUUACCACAACCUGGAGCUGGAGCGGAACCGGCAGGAGGAGCUGGGCAUCAAGCCGCAGGACAUCUGGCCGUUCAUCGUGAUUUCUGAUGACUCCUGCGUGAUGUGGAACGUGGUGGACAUCGACGGGGGCGGGGAGAGAAGCAGGUUCCUAUGUGACGACGUGGACUUCAACCUCCGGGUGCACAGCGCCGGCCUCCUGCUCUGCCGGUUCAACCGCUUCAGCGUGAUGAAGAAGCAGAUCGCGGUGGGCGGGCACCGGUCCUUCCACAUCACCUCCAAGGUGUCCGACAACCCCGUGGCCAUCGUGCCAGCCCAGUACAUCUGCGCCCCGGACAGCAAGCACACGUUCCUGGCGGCCCCCGCGCAGCUGCUGCUGGAGAAGUUCCUCCAGCGCCACGGCCACCGCUUCUUCCCGCUGUCCCUGAAGAAUCACGCCCACCCCGUGCUCUUAGUCGACUGCUACCUUGACCUGGGGUCUCAGAUCUCGGUGUGUUACGUGAGCUCCAGGCCUCACUCCUUAAACAUCAGCUGCGCUGACUUCAUGUUCAGCGGACUCCUGCUCUACCUCUGUGACUCCUUCGUGGGAGCCAGCUUCUUGAAAAAGUUUCAUUUUCUGAAAGGCGCGACCUUGUGCGUGAUCUGCCAGGACCGGAACUCACUCCGCCAGACGGUGGUCCGCCUGGAGCUGGAAGACCAGUGGCAGUUCCGACUGCGCGACGAGUUCCAGACCGCCAACGCCAAGGAGGACCGGCCGCUCUUUUUUCUCACCGGACGACACAUCUGAGGGCCACACCAGCAGGUUUUUCGGGAAGAGUGGAGCCUUCGGAACCUCAUGCUGUUGAGGCUAAAGGAAGAAUUAGAACCACGGGGUAUUUGAACUGAACCGGGCCCCAGAGACUGUCUUGUGCAAACCGCUUGUGGUGUGCCAGGACCAAGGCCCAGAGAUGAGGGAGACGUUC